GCAGCUCAGGCACUAAUCAAAUCUAAGGCUAAUAAUAAACGUCCUGAGUAAUGAGUGGCCUGGGCCGGAGCAGGCGAGGUGGCUGGAGCCGGGCUGACAAGGAGGAGUGGUGUGAGUAGCCGGGAGGCAGCUCCACAGGGCCUGCGGAUGGGGGUGGCCAUGGAGCCCUGCCCUGAAGAGCAGUACUGGGAUUACCUGCUGAACAACUGUGUCUCCUGCAAAACCAUCUGCAGCCAUCAGAUUCCACGCACCUGUGCGGCAUUCUGCAAGUCCCUCAGCUGCCACAAGGAGCAGGGCAGGUACUAUGACCAGCUGCUGAGGGACUGUGUCAGCUGUGCCUCCAUCUGUGGGCGUCACCCCAGGCAGUGCACACACUUCUGUGAGAACAAGUUCAGGAGUCAAGUGAACCUCCCACCAGAGCUCAGGACACAGAAGACUGGGGAGGCUGAAACCAGGUCGGACAACCUUGGAAGGUACCAAGGAUCAGAGCACAGAGGCUCAGAGGCAGGACCAGCACCCGCAGGACUGAAGCUGAGCGCUGACCAGCUGGCCCUGGUCUACAGCACCCUGGGGCUCUGCCUCUGCGCCAUCAUCUGCUGCUUCCUCCUGACAGUGGCCUGCUUCCUCAAGAGGAGGGGGGACCAGUUCUCCUGCCAGCCUUCCCCAGGGCCGUGUGGGACUCAGUCCAAGUCCUCCGAGGAUCCCUGGAUGGAGGCUGGAAGCGCUGCAGGCGGGCCGCCAGAGCCGGUGGAGACCUGCAGCUUCUGCUUCCCCGAGCGCAGGGCACCCACCCAGGAGAGCGCGGGCGCGCCGGGAACACCCAGCCCCACGUGCUCGGGGAGGUGGGGGCGUUGUGCUCCGACCGCGACCAGACAGCCCUGCGUGCGCGCCCCCGACGGCGGCCUUGAGGUUGUGUGCGCGCCCGCCCAGGAGUGGGGCCCGGCAGCCUGAAACCCGGAACGGUGAGCGCGAGACGGGGAGCUGGGGACACGCGCGAGAAACGAGCCGGGGUAGGAGGCGGGUCGCUGCCUUCGUCCCAAGUCUCCGCUGUGGGUCCCCAUCCCCGAAACACUCCCCAGCAACCUCCUCCGCGCCUGUGGCUCGGCCCCCAACUGCCCUCAUAUAGAAAUAAAACCUUUCACGCUGCCCGCUCCUCGCCAUCACUGGUGUUGGUCGCGCCUGCCUCUGUGCGGAUCCCGCCCUCUGCUCCAGGCCUCGCCGCAACGCAGACCAGGCGCCGGACCUCCGAAGCCCGCGCGCUGGCGGGCUCCCCGGGGGCUGCCGACCCGCGCCGGGAGGGAGGCGGCGGGGCCACCGGACCUCCGCCGCGCACCUGGAGGAGAGCGCUAACGAGAGGCCCCCGGGCAGGCACACACCGGGAGAACCCGCCUGGCGGGCCGACUCGCCUUGACAAGACGAAGUCCCAGCGCGCCUCCCCGGGGAGGCCCGGGACACAGCGCGCGCGUGCAUGCACGAGUGCGCGCGUGGGUGCGCGGGGCCGCGCAGAAGCCGCAGGCCGUUUCCAGGACCGAGUCAGGAGCGUUCUCUUUUGAAACGGCGUCGACGACUUUCAGCCUCCAGCCUACAUUAUUAGUUGCUCAAUACUUUUCUUUACACCCAUCUCACCUCUUCCUCUAUACCUUCUUUAACCUUAUGCACAAUUUUAUAGGUUCGGACUGGUAACACUAAGCAGUAAUAUCUGCGUACUCACAAAUAUUAAACGUUUCGAAUUCUGUAUUUACAUUUUUAUUAGUAGUGAAACCUGUACUUUAGUAGCAUUUAAGUAACUAUUUACGCAGUAAGAUAAAUGCAUGACUACGUAAAGCUAAAUUAUUCAUCCUAUGCAGCCCAAACUUGUGCACACCUGUAACACAUUUUGGGAGGUGUAGACAGGAGGCCUUGCUGCACCACCUUUUCCCCUUCCACCCACUGGUUGAAAGGCUGUGUAAGGCUGGAGGUACCAGAGGGAGAAGGGCGAGGACAGUGCAGGCGGAGCACAGACAGCACCAAGAAGCUCUGUGCCAUAUGGGAAAGGAAUGAACAGCUCUUCCUGGACUCCAGUCCCAUGACAUGCCGACAAACCCCAGAACCAGACCCCAUCCAUCUGGAAGGAGGAGACCUCUGGCUGUCUGUCA